AUGGAGUUAAAAGCAGUUGUCAAAAGGUACGAAACAAGAAAUAAGACAGCAGGAACAGAACUGUCAUCAUCCAAAUCGCGAGUUGAUUGGAGACGCACUAAAAGGGAGCUCAUACUACUUGACAGCAAUGAUGAAUCCUCAGGUACCUCUGAGGAGGAAGACCCUACCACAUCAGAAGAUGAAGUAGAUGAAAAAGAUGAAACUGUUGUGAAGAACAGCCUUUUGGAUCAGGAAGAGAAAAGCCACGAUGGGGAAUUAACAGAAGAUGGUGAAGAUGAGUGCAUCAUGCCUGGGAAGCGUAAAAGGUUGAAGACCUCUGUCUUGUAUGACAGUGAUGAAAGUGAGGACAGUGAUAUACUUGUUAGAAAAGUUUUUGCUAAACGCCACUGUAUAAUGGAUGAAGAUGAGAGUUCUGAUGAACAGCAACCGGAUAUAACCUGCCCUGCAGAAAAUGUUUCCACUAGUAGGAAACAGAAAGUGUUUGCAAAAUUGAAAGAACUUGCAAAACAAAGAGCAACUCGGAGAUCCUGCAGCAGUGAAAAUUCUGAGGAUUCUAAUGGUGAAGCAGAAAUAGAAGAGGAACCACUCUGUCACUUGCCUCUCAUGCCAACAGAAGGUAGCGAAGCUGACAGUGACAGCAUGAAAGAUUUUAUAGUAGAGGAAGAGGAAGAUGAUCAUGACAACACAGAGCACAUGAAAAGUGAAAACUUGCUACAACCGAAGGAACUAAAUACAUUGAAUAGCGACUUGCUGGCAUACUACAUCCCACACUUAUCUCGCUGUGAUCAUUACGUACACUUCAAAAGAAUAGUAAAGGCUUUCCUCAUAAAUGCAAUUGAUAACACUUUUCUGAGCUCAUUAUAUGAUGGAACAAGACAAAAGCAGUAUGCGCAAGAUAUGUUGCUCUCACUUCAUUAUUUGGAUGACCGCUUCAUUCAGCCUCGUCUUGAGAACUUAAUCUCUAGAAGUCGCUGGAAAGAUCGAUACAAGGAGCGUGUGGAUUGUUACCCAGAUGUUCGCAUAAUCUUGAAAGAUCCAAAAAAUGUGUCUUGUCAGGCCUGUGAACUGAAUCGGUAUUGUAAGUUUAAUGUGAUGCUCUCUGGAAAGCUUUAUAAUAGUAGAACUUUGGAAGCAGAUGACUUCAUGUCAGAUGACAAACAGGUUUUGAAGGUUGGCAUGGUGUGUGCAAAUCGUACAAGAGUUUAUCAUAAUUUGAAGCACUUCAAAUACAAGUUGUAUGUGGAUUGCAGCUCCAUUACAGAGUCGGAUGGUGUUGAGGAUGAACCAGUCAAAGACACAGUCGAACGGCUUUUCAGCCAGUUGGAAGACAGUGGGUGGAUUCAGAAGAGAUAUAAUGAUCUUGAAGACUACAUGAAUGAUGCAGACAGUUUCCAAGAAGAGAAAAUGGAUUAAGUAGUCAUACAGCUCUUUGAAAGACAUCUUGUAAAAAUUUGAAUGGCCU